CACCAAUCUGCUCAAUAUACCGGAAAGAAGAAGCAUACUGGCGCCAACUCGCAAGAGAUGUUGUCUGUUGUAUUUUGACAUUUCAACGUUUGUGGGCUUUCUAUUUGUAAUAUUCCAUUGGAAUAACCUUCAGAACGAAGGUGGAAAGUCCCGCAUUGGAAAUAUUGAAGUUCGAGUUUUUUCCCAGAGCUCCGUCGAACACACCUUGACCGCAUGUUAGUAGUUAACAGCCCGGGACUUCCAAGUUACAGUGAAGACAGCAGGCUUCUGACAGUGAUGAGACCUGGACACCUAUGCCUGUUGGAGUGCUUGCUGUCAUCAGUGAAGAUAUGCCUCUCUCUCCAAAUCAUCUCCACCUUGACACGGGGGCUCCCCAGCAAGAAGAAAUGUUGACCAUCCAAGUUAAAAAUACCAUGUUGCAUCUGAAUGGUCAAAACCUCAGACUGGCAGCUAAAAAUGGCCGCAUUUCAAAAACACCUGGCCUCCAUCUGUCAGCGACACAUGGAAAGGAGGCAGCGGGUCGGCUUACGGCCUCCCUGCCGACCCAGGAGGACAUGGCACAGUUGGACUUGUUGCCACUCAAGUCGCCUGGGCUUGACUUAGAGAGGGAGGCCGAAAGUCAACCUGUGAGACGCCCUCUCAAGCUUGCCCCUCUGGAUCUGACAGAGGAGGUGAGGGAGGCUCAGAGGCAAAAACUUAAGUUUGUCCAGCAAGAAGCCAGACCAGCUCCCUGUAAGCUUGAUGUGACACUGAAUGAGUCCCAAACAAGGAAGGUCAAGUCCUGUUUGAGACAGAGGCCGCUAAAAGCUGCUGUGUGCCCCCCUGCUUCCCCUCAGCCACUCAAGGCCCAACAGCAAAACAGAUCCUCAAGGCCCCAGCUGAUGCGUUCUAGCCCCAUAGAGCAGACUGGAGACAAGCAUCUGGCGGAUGUGGUAUGUCGAGGUACCCCAGCUCCUCUGCGCAGCAAACCUACCCCUCCUCUACUUUCUCCCCAAGUUAGAGUUCACAUGGCACGUGGUGGAGACACGAUGCGCCAGAACCCCAGCACUCUCCAGCAGGAGACUGGUGGGAGGCGACUGAGGCUGAGAAGAGCACAACGCUUAGAGGAGGAUCAGUGCAACUCAAACCUGUCAACAGGGGGAUUAGCUGCAGAUGAAGGCAAACUGGCCCAAGGUGUCCAAGGCAAAGGGCAGCGGGCAGAGAGGUCUCUGAGAGGGCAGCCGCAUGCUGGAAAAGGCAUCAAGGAGUCUCCUGCGGCAUCCUGGGAGUACGGAAGCAUCAGGAAGAGCCAUCAGGAGGUUUGCAGUCAGCAAUCUCAUAGAUGCACUCCGAACCGGCAGUCGGCUGACAGUGGAAGCAGCGAACACGUACUUGACAGUGUUAAACCAAGUGCUUCUAACUUGAGAUUAAAGAGGAAAAAUCUCAAAGCAUAACAACGCAGUCCCUCUGGUACCUCUCCAACUGUGAUUAAACCAGAUCUCUCUUCUGUUGGGACAAAAUGUUGUCGUGCUGAUAGAUGCAGUAGUAUCAUGAGGAGGCCCGGCAGACAAAGCUCAUCCAUAGUCUAAUAAACAGUGAUAUGAAGGAUACAUGAACCACAUAAUGUAAACUGAGCAUCAGAUGCUUUCUAAAGCUGUGUUCUCACACACCACUUUACAGCAGUAGUCCUGUUUAUGAGCCCAAAUAUCUCAAAUCUACAAAACAGGUUUUGUUCUAUCUAAUUAUACAUGACAACACAGCAAAUAAAGCUAAUUUUAGAAACUCAUUUGCAGGAGUUUUUUCUUUUUCAUCUAUUCCUUAGAAAGUUCAGCAAAGCAAACAAACAAU